ACUGACAGCAGUGUGAACCUGUACGGCACAUGCUGUGUCAUCGUCCCGCCUCUAGAUAGCAUUCAUUGGCGGUUGAAUAUCCAGAUCUAUCGCUUCCUAGAUCUUUGAGACAUUUCACGGAAAAUUAUCCAAACUCUGAUGGUUCCCAUUGCUGGCUAGCCCCAUGGCCCCUCCUAGGAAACGAGCAUUGCCUGCACCCCUACCAGACGGGUUUACACUGAUCGACACUGAGAAGAAGCAAUGGAAACUGGGCAGAAUUAUUGGCCAAGGAGGUUUUGGAUUGAUCUACCUAGCUUCACAGGACAUGGAAAUGCCUGUUGGGGAGGAUUCUCAUUUUGUGAUUAAAGUGGAGUACCAUGAGAAUGGGCCUCUGUUUUCUGAGCUCAAGUUCUAUCAGAGGGCAGCUAAACCUGAGAACAUGCAGAGGUGGAUGAGGAGCAAGACACUGGAUUUUCUGGGCAUCCCUGCAUACUGGGGAUCAGGACUGGCAGAACACAACGGAACCAGGUACAGGUUCAUGGUGAUGGACCGCCUGGGCAGUGACCUGCAGAAGGUGUGUGAGAGAAACGGUGGCAAGCUGAAGAAGCACACAGUACUACAGCUAGGACGUGUCCUGUUGGAUGUGCUUGAGUAUAUCCAUGACAACGAGUAUGUCCAUGCAGACAUAAAGGCUGCCAACCUGAUGCUUGGUCACACAGACCCUGACAAGGUGUACCUGGCUGACUACGGCCUGUCCUACAGGUACAGCCCAGACGGCGUACACAAAGAGUACAAAAAGAACCCAAAAAAGGGACACAACGGAACCAUAGAGUACACCAGCAUAGAUGCUCACAAUGGAGUCGCUCCAUCGAGACGUGGAGACCUGGAGGUGUUGGGCUUCUGUCUGCUCCACUGGCUGUGUGGGGCGCUGCCCUGGGACUCUGUGCUCAAGAACCCUAUACAGGUCCAAGAGGCCAAGACCAGACUCAUAGGUAAUCUACCUGGUUCGGUGCAGGAGCUGUCGGUGGGUGGAGCUUGCACAGAUGAGUUGGCCAGUUUCCUGCUCAGUGUCAAAGCUCUGGAGUAUGAGGAACGUCCGGACUACCAGAGGCUGAGAGAGCUGCUGUCUGAGGCGGGACUGAGAGCGAGCGGAGGCCAGGGAAGGCUGGACCUGUCUGUGCCACGAGGAGCAAUGUCAGGGGGUUCCUCCACCAGAGGGUCUGAUUGGCCAGACAGGGGCAAGAAAGCAGGCCGAGGUAGAGGCUCAUCCAAACUAAAGCCCGUAGUUGUGGUGGAUGAGGAGAGUGAUGAAGAGGAUGAGAAGAUGGAGUUGGAUGAAGCGAGGCCCAAACCUGUACCACCCAAGGGCGUAAAGAAAGCGAGCAGGGCUAAACCUGCAACUAGAGGGGCCUCCAAACCAAAGCCUAUAUAUGUGGAGGAUGACAGUGAUGAAGAAAAAAUGGAGAUUGAAGAUCGGAGACCCAAGCCUGUACCAUCUCGCUACAUUAGGGGACCACCAGUAUCCAACCCCCAGUCAGAACAUGGGAAAGCAGGACGAGCUAGAGGGUCGUCCAAACCAAAGUCUGUAUAUGCGGAGGAUGACGAGAGUGAGGAAGAGGAGAUGGAGAGACCCAGACCUGUGCAGUCUCAAUACAUCAGAGGACCACCCAAAUCCAAGCCCCAGCCAGAACAGGCGAAAACAUCAACACAAACCAAACGUCGCGUCAGGAAAACAGUUGCUGAUGACGGCAUUGCUGUGACAUCAAGACCACAAGUCAACCAUAGACUGUUCCAACCCAGAGAAAGUACAACCCCUACAAAAAGCAAAUUGGGUCAAACACAUGAUGACCAGUGGGAGGACCACAGUCGGACACAUUGGGAAAAACAUCUGUACAAAGACGAUGGUUCAGAAAUCUUCAACCAUGACCACCGGUGUGGGGGUAAGAGUAAUAAGCACCCAGAAUCUGGUGAGUGGGAGGAAUACAGCCACAAAGACCACAGCCAGAGAGCAGAGCCUUCUCCCAAACAGAAGAGUGGCUGUAAUGUCACACUGUACUGUAGUGCCUUGGUGGUCUUAUUCCUGUCCCUGGCCUUUCUAUUCACUCUAGCUGACAGUCCUGAAUGAUGACUUGGUGCUGUUUCCCUGCAACUCUUUUUGUUGUUUCCUAUUCAUUAUGCCUAUUUUAGGUUUGCAUCAUCCCCAACUCUUACUCCAGUUCUCUGUAGUUUAAUGACGUGAGUGAGACGAUAUACAUUAGAUGAGAUGUAUUAUGGAUUUGCUGAGGCUCAUGUUAAUUAUUAAACCAUACAGCUCUAUGCCCAGGCUUCAGUCAGCUCUCAGGGUUUCUGGGUGGACAUCUUCACUGUGAUGGGCUGUAAACAACAAAAGUAAAAAUGUAAUUUAACAUGGACUACAUUGUUAUUUGCAAAUGUCAAAACAGGCUCGCUGUAUCAAUUACUAAAAAAAAUGGAUUUAUUGUGAUUUGCAUUGUUAUUUGAUUUGCAACUGUACCUCGGGAUUUUCUAGUCUUACAGUGUGAUUUAUAUGCGUGACUGUUUAAUAUGUAUAAACUGUAUAAUAUACUAACCAAGGACAUGGUACCUCCACACUACUAAAUGUGAUCUGCUAUAUUCAAUGUA